AUGUUGCUCCAACUGCCUAUCCUACUUAUGCGGUUUCUCCUAGCAACAUUUCUAACGUGGGUAAUACUAACCACAUCAAUCCCUCAAGUGUUUAUAAACUACACAAAUACCCAAGUCAAGUCGAAUCGAUUCCUAAGUGAUCAAUAUCCACAAAAUUCAAUCAUAUUUCCCAAAUCUAUAUCAUCAAUAACAGAAUCUAUCGUAUACUACGUAAUUGGGCAUCCUGAUGACGAAGUGAUGUUUUUUUCUCCAACUAUAUUAGAAUUGUCCAAACCAAAAUACAACAACACUGUAAAACUAUUGUGCUUCUCCAAAGGAGAUGCGGUUGAUCCAUCAAUAGGGCCCAUUCGUGUCAAAGAAUUGUACAAGUCGGCCAGCAUAUUAGGUAUAAAUCAGGAGGAUGUUACGGUGUUGAGCUAUAAAGAUGGAAUGAACGAGUCGUGGCCUAUAGAGGAUAUCCAUGAAUCAUUAAAACAAUACAUCAAUUUGAAGAGCAAGAAUAGAAAAGUGCUAAUCACAUUCGAUGAGUUUGGUGUUUCCAACCAUCCCAACCAUAUAUCAUUAUACCAUGGUGCAAACGCGUUUUGCAAAAACUCACCCAAGGGUAAUAUAAAAUUUUACAAAUUGAAAAGUUUAGGAUUUAUGGAAAAGUACAGUUUCACAUUUUUAACAAACAUUGAAUUAUUCGUUGAUUAUAUAUCUAAACUCAUACAAAGGUUUGUACCUGUCAACAUAACCGUUAGCUUCUUCGAACCAAAGAAUAGCUCGACUUCGAUCAAAAUUUAUUCAGAUUUGAACAUGCUUGCAUGUAGUUAUGCGGCCAUGGGAUAUGGGCACUUUAGUCAAAUGGUUUGGUUUAGGUACGGAUGGUUGAUGUUUAGCAGAUAUCUCACUUAUAAUCAUUUGAUAGAAGUUGUAAAUUGA